CAUUUUUAAGUUAAAACCGAGAGAGAGAAUUUUGUAGAAGAGAAGUGACUGAGAAAAACGUGGAAAAACAUGGAGGUUUCUUCGGCGACUCUCCGGCCGUCGUCGCGUUGUUCCUUCUCAAUAGGAGCCCCUAAAACUGCUUUCAGAGUUCGCGUUUCUUCUUUUUCUUGCUUUGCGAAUUCGAAUUCAGCUCCAAAUGGUUAUUUCUCCCCUAUAACCUUCAAAGGCUGUCAUUUGUUGGCUAAACCUGUUAAGCUGCGAUGUUCACGAUCCUUUCUUCUUGCUGCUGUUGUUGGUGAUACAGCAGCAGCGCCGAGUAAUUAUAGCAAAGAAAGGGUGUCAGAUUCUGAUGAUCCCUCUUUGAGUGAAAAAUCUGGCACAAAUGGUGAAAAUAGAGAUGAGAGAGAUAAUGUUGGGUCCUUGGAUGACCAAAAAAUGAACAAAGUAUGCGACAAGCUAAUUGGGGUUUUCAUGGUUGACAAGCCUACUCCAACUGAUUGGCGAAGAUUGUUAGCUUUCAGCAAGGAAUGGGACAAUAUCCGGCCCCAUUUCUAUAAAAGGUGUCAGGAGCGAGCAGAUAGUGAGGAUGAUCCUGGGAUGAAGCAUAAACUACUUAGGCUUGGACGGAAACUAAAAGAGAUUGAUGAGGAUGUGCAGAGACAUAAUGAACUUCUUGAAGUAAUAAAAGGAGCACCUUCAGAAAUAAGUGAAAUUGUUGCCAGGCGUCGCAAAGAUUUCACAAAAGAAUUUUUUGUUCAUCUUCACACUGUAGCUGAAUCCUACUACGACAAUCCAACAGAGCAAAAUGCUUUGGCAAAACUUGGGAAUACAUGCUUGGCUGCCGUUCAAGCUUAUGAUGCUGCAAGUGAAAGCGCUGAAGCACUAAAUACUGCAGAGUUGAAAUUACAAGAUAUCAUCAGCUCUCCUUCUUUAGAUGCUGCUUGUAGGAAGAUAGACAAUUUAGCUGAGAAAAACCAACUAGACUCGGCAUUGGUGUUGAUGCUCACGAAAGCUUGGUCAGCUGCUAAGGAGUCGAACAUGGUGAAAGACGAGGUUAAAGACGUGUUAUAUCACUUAUACUUGACUGCUAGAGGCAAUCUCCAGAGGCUUAUGCCAAAAGAAAUUCGAAUAUUGAAAUAUAUUCUCACAAUUGUGGAUCCUGAUGAGAGACUGAGCGUGCUAAAUGACGCUUUUACUCCAGGAGAAGAACUUGAAGGAAAAGAUGUUGAUUGUCUCUACACGACACCAGAGAAGCUUCACACCUGGAUUAAGAUUAUCGUGGAUGCUUAUCAUUCCAGCAGUGAAGGCACUCUCAUUCGAGAAGCUAGAGACCUGAUGAAUCCAAAGAUCAUUCAGAAACUCGAGGAAUUGAAGACCCUGGUCGAGAACAAGUUCAUGUGAGAGAUAUCUUGCACCUUGCAUAUAAUUUCGCAUUUCUCCUUCCAAAUGCAAAUGAUUUCAGACCCAAGCUUGGAGUAGUUAUACAUGAACAGCCCUUGAAAUAGUUGCUUAGUUGUGAAGUUUAUCUGACAAACUUGAAAAAGUCGGAGCAGAAUGAAGCUUGUGAACCAUGAAUCCUAUGAACUAUGAAGCUUCAACUAGAAUCGUUGAUACCCAAACGUAGAAGUGUAAUCUACUUGGAUUUUUGUAUUCUGAUGUAUAGGUCUUUCGGAUUCAAGCUAAUAUUUCUUAUCAAUAGACCAAUAGCUACAUGAAA